UGAUGAGCUUGGCGUUGGGUCAGUGUCAAAAACUUAAGGCGCCAAUUUGUUGUUAUGAUGAUCGGUUUUCGUAGUCCACCCAUUUUUGUGUCCCAUAGCUUCUCAUCAAUGUCCAUGGCGGAUCUUGAGGCUCAAACCUCCACUAACCCAGCAAUUUCAGAUAGAGAGACCGCCACACUGUAACCGUCGCAAUGCUCAUUCAAGCUUACUCCCCAAACCCACAUGCCUUCUUCCUUCCCAGAAGCCCUUCAACUUCCCGCCAUUUAUCCGUCCAUGUUUCUCAUUCACGUGGACUCAAAGCGCCGAUGGGGCGACGAAAUGAACCAUUGUCUAGGAUUUCGGCUUCGGGGGAGCACAGUCCAACCACCAAUUUGGGGAAGAAAAGAAAGGUUUUCGAACACAUUUCUCUGCUCAAAGCGAGGGAAAAUAUUUCAGAAGAAGAAGAGAACGAUCUGCUUGAUUAUCUCUAUACCACCCAGUAUCAAAUGCGGGGCAUUGUUGCCGUUUCAUUAGGACGUGCCUGUGGCCAAAAUAGUGAAAGCUAUACCCAUGGUGUGUAUAUGCGUUUCCAACGAAAGGAAGACCUUGAAAAAUUCUAUGUGAACCCUUUCUACUCGCGAAUACUAAAUGAGCAUGUGAUGCCUUAUUGUCAUGGAUUGAUUCAUGUAGAUUAUGAAUCAGAGGUGGAAGAUGACAUGCUUCCCAUAUUUCGGAAAGGAGAGGAGUUCAAUUAUGGUGUGGAGUUUGUGCUUCUCAUUAAAUUUCUUCAAGAUUCAUUUGGAAAACCUUUAGAAGACGCAUUAAAUUCUCUCGAGCAACUGGCAAUUGAUAACCCUUCUUUAAUUGUCCAGUUUACACAAGGUUUAAAUUUUAAUCCCAGUUGUAAGGAGUUCACACAUGGAGUUGUUAUACGAUUUCGGUCAAUCGAAGCCUUCGAGAUGUUUACAGGCAGCUCAGAUUACAAAGAUAUGUGGAGGUCUAAAUUCCAACCAAUCAUCCAGAAAACAGUGUCUCUUUACUUCUCUGUUGACCCAGUAGGGACUGAGAUCAUGUAGCAAGGAGUAUUCUUGGUUUGUUCCCUAUACAUCAUCCAUCUCGAGUGACCCGUAGAAGAUGGUAGGCUCAAUAUGAUUUGAGUGAACUUUUUGUGGCAGGUUUUGGUACCAGACUUGGUUUUACUCUUAACAAGCGUAAGGACAAGUAUAUUGUUUUGUAUUUUUGACGUUUCAGAUCCGAUGUCCUAUUCCUCUCUAUUUUAUCUUUCGUCAUCACGCCAUUUGUUAAUUUCUAUGCAAUUCAAUCUGAUAAGAGGUAUGUGGGUGUCUGAAAUUAUCGUUCUGCUUGAAUGGUAUUGCAAUUUUGCUUCCUCCCGUUGAACAUGUCCUAAAAUUAUUCUAUGGGAUUAGGAUAUUCUGAUGAUAGAGUCAUAUUUGGUUGACUUUAUGAUAUUCUAAAGUCGUUCUAUUUUUAUGGAAACCUGAGGUAGGUUACGAACUUGGAUUUGUCACUAACCAAUACGACAACUUCGGUGAAAAUAACAAGCGAUGUAAAAACCUCUCCUAUGGUGUGCAUAUAGACAAUCAAAACUGGAGAGGAGCUUUUACUGAUGUUGAAUCCUUACCAAAGAGAUAUAUCAGGAGAAUGACUCCUACUGUUGCCUGAUAUGAUAUAUCUUUUCAAUAUUAAAGGCACAACCAAAGCAAUCUUACGUGUGUUUGGUUUAAAAUCAUGAGGAUUGCCUCUUGGAAUCUUUCAUGUAUUGUUUGGCCUUGUAUUGUAAACAGGAAAAACAGUAGAACUUAAAAGUGCGACUCAUUUUGUCAACGGCUUAAAUAACUAUAUAUCAUUUUGUUCACUCUUCUAAAGUCAGCAUUUAAAUGACUUGAACUCCAUCUCAUUGUUCAGGCUUGGCUACUAUUAAUCUGACAUGAAGACAGAAUCAGGAGGGACAGGUUAUUGCGUUUGAUUUCUAGCUUGUAACGUUCUCGACACCCACUCACUUGGAUGGUGAGGCCAUUUUAUAUGUGUUCUGGAUGUUAUUUUUCUAUUUUGUACAACUCAUAUUAUAGUUACUUGAGAUAUUUAAUCUACGAUGAGAGAAAUCUGUAUAUCGAAUCUUAUGCAAUUCGAUGUUUGUGUUUAUGCUUAUUGUUUCCC